CCGCCAGUCGGAAGCGCCAGCCCAGAGCCGGGGAAGUGGCCGCAGAGGCUGCUCGGCCCCGCUGCCCGCCAGGUCGUGGGCUCCCGCUCCGGGCCCGGGGCCACCGGCUGUGGACUUCAAAAUGAGCGUCCCUGACUACAUGCAGUGUGCUGAGGACCACCAGACGCUGCUCGUGGUGGUCCAGCCUGUGGGCAUCGUCUCCGAGGAGAACUUCUUCAGGAUCUAUAAGAGGAUUUGCUCUGUGAGUCAGAUCAGCGUGCGGGACUCCCAGCGAGUCCUCUACAUCCGCUACAGGCACCACUACCCACCCGAGAACAAUGAGUGGGGCGACUUCCAGACCCACCGCAAAGUCGUGGGCCUCAUCACCAUCACAGACUGCUUCUCGGCCAAGGACUGGCCGCAGACCUUCGAGAAGUUCCACGUGCAGAAGGAGAUCUACGGCUCCACGCUGUAUGACUCCCGGCUCUUUGUCUUCGGGCUGCAGGGGGAGAUCGUGGAGCAGCCGCGCACCGACGUGGCCUUCUACCCCAACUACGAGGACUGCCAGACGGUGGAGAAGAGAAUCGAGGACUUCAUCGAGUCACUGUUCAUCGUGCUGGAGUCCAAGCGUCUGGACAGAGCCACAGACAAGUCCGGGGAUAAGAUCCCCCUUCUCUGUGUCCCGUUUGAAAAAAAGGACUUUGUAGGACUGGACACAGACAGCAGACAUUACAAGAAGCGGUGCCAAGGCCGCAUGCGGAAGCAUGUGGGGGACCUGUGCCUCCAGGCAGGGAUGCUGCAGGACUCGCUGGUGCAUUACCACAUGUCCGUGGAGCUGCUGCGUUCUGUGAAUGACUUUCUGUGGCUUGGAGCUGCCCUGGAAGGAUUGUGUUCAGCUUCUGUCAUCUAUCACUAUCCUGGUGGAACUGGUGGGAAGAGUGGAGCUCGGAGGUUCCAGGGCAGCACACUUCCUGCUGAAGCAGCCAACAGACACCGGCCAGGGGCACAGGAAGUUCUCAUUGAUCCAGGUGCCCUCACCACCAAUGGCAUCAAUCCUGACACCAGUACUGAGAUCGGACGUGCUAAGAACUGCCUCAGCCCUGAAGACAUAAUCGACAAGUAUAAAGAGGCAAUUUCCUAUUACAGCAAGUAUAAGAACGCGGGAGUGAUUGAGUUGGAAGCGUGCAUCAAGGCUGUACGUGUCCUUGCAAUUCAGAAACGGAGCAUGGAAGCAUCAGAAUUUCUUCAGAAUGCAGUUUACAUUAACCUUCGACAGCUUUCUGAGGAAGAGAAAAUUCAGCGCUACAGCAUCCUCUCCGAGCUCUAUGAGCUGAUCGGCUUCCAUCGCAAGUCUGCGUUCUUCAAGCGCGUGGCCGCCAUGCAGUGCGUGGCCCCGAGCAUUGCGGAGCCUGGGUGGAGGGCCUGCUACAAACUCCUCCUGGAAACGCUCCCCGGCUACAGUCUGUCGCUGGAUCCCAAAGAUUUCAGCAGAGGCACGCACAGAGGCUGGGCUGCGGUCCAGAUGCGUUUGCUCCAUGAAUUGGUCUACGCCUCCCGAAGGAUGGGGAACCCUGCCCUCUCUGUCAGACACCUGUCCUUCCUUCUACAGACCAUGCUGGACUUCUUGUCGGAUCAGGAAAAGAAAGAUGUGACCCAAAGCCUAGAGAACUAUACAUCCAAGUGUCCUGGGACCAUGGAGCCCAUCGCCCUCCCUGGCGGCCUCACCCUGCCACCGGUGCCCUUCACCAAGCUUCCCAUCGUCAGGCAUGUGAAACUGUUGAACCUUCCUGCUAGCCUCCGGCCACACAAAAUGAAAAGCUUGCUGGGUCAGAACGUGUCAACCAAAAGUCCCUUCAUCUAUUCACCAAUUAUCGCACACAACCGUGGAGAAGAGCGGAACAAGAAAAUAGAUUUCCAGUGGGUUCAAGGAGAUGUGUGUGAAGUUCAGCUGAUGGUAUAUAACCCAAUGCCGUUUGAACUUCGAGUUGAAAACAUGGGGCUGCUCACCAGCGGAGUGGAGUUCGAGUCUCUCCCUGCGGCGCUUUCUCUUCCGGCUGAAUCUGGUCUGUACCCAGUGACGCUCGUCGGGGUCCCGCGGACGACUGGAACGAUUGCUGUGAACGGUUACCAUACCACAGUCUUCGGUGUGUUCAGUGACUGCUUGCUGGAUAACCUGCCAGGAAUAAAAACCAGUGGCUCCACAGUGGAAGUCAUUCCCGCGUUGCCGAGACUGCAGAUCAGCACCUCUCUGCCCAGAUCUGCACAUUCAUUGCAACCUUCUUCUGGUGAUGAAAUAUCUACUAAUGUAUCUGUCCAGCUUUACAAUGGAGAAAGUCAGCAACUAAUCAUUAAAUUGGAAAAUAUUGGAAUGGAACCAUUGGAGAAACUGGAAGUCACCUCGAAAGUUCUCACCACUAAAGAAAAAUUGUAUGGCGACUUCUUGAGCUGGAAGCUAGAGGAAACCCUUGCCCAGUUCCCUUUGCAGCCUGGGAAGGUGGCCACGUUCACAAUCAACAUCAAAGUGAAGCUGGAUUUCUCCUGCCAGGAGAAUCUCCUGCAGGAUCUCAGUGAUGAUGGAAUCAGUGUGAGUGGCUUUCCCCUGUCCAGUCCUUUUCGGCAGGUCGUUCGGCCCCGAGUGGAGGGCAAACCUGUGAACCCACCCGACAGCAACAAAGCAGGCGACUACAGCCACGUGAAGACCCUGGAAGCUAUCCUGAAUUUCAAAUACUCUGGAGGCCCGGGCCACACUGAAGGAUAUUACAGGAAUCUCUCCCUGGGGCUGCAUGUAGAAGUCGAGCCAUCUGUAUUUUUCACCCGAGUCAGCACUCUCCCAGCAACCAGUACCCGGCAGUGUCACCUCCUCCUGGAUGUCUUCAACUCCACCGAGCACGAGCUGACCGUCAGCACCAGGAGCAGCGAGGCGCUCAUCCUGCACGCCGGCGAGUGCCAGCGAAUGGCUAUUCAAGUGGACAAGUUCAACUUUGAGAGUUUCCCGGAGUCCCCUGGGGAGAAGGGGCAAUUUGCAAACCCCAAGCAGCUGGAGGAAGAGCGGCGGGAAGCCCGAGGCCUGGAGAUCCACAGCAAGCUGGGCAUCUGCUGGAGAAUCCCCUCCCUGAAGCGCAGCGGCGAGGCGAGUGUGGAAGGACUCCUGAACCAGCUCGUCCUGGAGCACCUGCAGCUGGCGCCUCUGCAGUGGGAUGUGCUGGUGGACGGACAGCCAUGUGACCGCGAGGUUGCGGCGGCCUGCCAGGUGGGCGACCCCGUGUGCCUGGAGGUGCGGCUGACCAACCGGAGCCCGCGCAGCGUAGGGCCCUUCGCCCUCACCGUGGUCCCCUUCCAGGACCACCAGAAUGGCGUGCACAACUAUGACCUGCACGACACCAUCUCCUUCGUGGGCUCCAGCACCUUCUACCUCGAUGCGGUGCAGCCAUCUGGCCAGUCGGCCUGCCUGGGGGCCCUCCUCUUCCUCUACACGGGAGACUUCUUCCUCCACAUCCGGUUCCACGAGGACAGCACCAGCAAGGAGCUGCCACCCUCUUGGUUCUGCCUGCCCAGCGUGCACGUGCGUGCCCUGGAGGCGCAGGCCUGAGCCCGCCGCCCACUUCCGUCCCUGUUUCUCCAGGGCCAGAGGUGACCCUGCCUGGCCUCCCACACCCCCUGCAAUGAGCAAGGCCUUCACUGCAGCCCCGUCUCCUCCUUCCCCCCCAACCCCCCCCAGCCGUCUCCUCCCGUUCCUCCUCUAGCAUCUUUGCUGGGCUACGCAGAAGCCCCGGACAUGGCAGCCCCACCCCGUGCCUCGCCCCUUCCCACACUGUUCCUGGACCACACACAGGCUGGAGCAGAGGAAAUCCCAGAGCGGGUGCCCAGCCAGCCCGGGUCCCGGGAUCCCUGCACCCGUUUCUGUGACCUGGGGCCCCAGCCGUGCUGUGCUGCUCACCCCAGCAGAGGGACCUCCCUGGUCCAGCCACUACCCUUUGGCCAUAGAAAUGGUGAGCAUGAGACUGGGCACAGCCUGAGGGCGUGGGCAGCUUCCCUCCCUCCCUGGGCCUUGGAAUCCCCCAAGGCUGGUUUUCUUCCUAGAGACCUCCGUGGGCAACUUGGCAGGAGAGAUGGUGCCGUAGGUGGUUGUGGAUGGUUGACACCAAGAGAGGCCCUCCACCCAUGGUGGGCAAAUAUCCAGGCUGGCAGCCCAGGGCUGUUUCUGGGUGCUCCCUGGCCCCAGGGUGGCAUCUGGUUACCGUGGCUAUGUGUGUCCAUGUCUGCGAGCAGUUCUUCAAUAAAUGGCCUGCCUCCCCGUCCCUGCCUCCCUGCAUCUGCUGGCCCAGUGUGGUCCAGGGCCCCCACCCAGCCCGUCAGCCCCCGCCUCAGGUGGCUGGCUUCCCAGCAGAAGCCGGACCCAGGAACGGAUGGGUUCUGAGUUAGAGAUCCCGCAUAAGCAAACCCUGAGACAGGAAUCUGGGCACCAGCAGCUUGUCUGGGAGGUGGAGGGAGCCCCGCAGGGGAAGGAGAUCACCAGUGAAGGAGUGUGACUGGGCCUGAGGUGCCGCCACAGUGGGCAGCUGGCCCUGCGUUCCUCAGGGAGAACGGGAGAGAGAAAGCACACGGCUCACAUCUCCCUUAAGGGCCAGAGCUGGGGUGUGUCUACACCACCCCCAAGAGUCCUGGCCUGGGGGCAGGCUCCUGGCUGUGUUGACCCUUGGCUCCCCAGUUCCCAGGGAGGAUAAGCAGCCCUUCAUCCCCAGCAGAUACCAGGCUUGCCAGGUGCCCUUUGGGCACUCAAACUCCCAUGGAGUAUUGGGGGACAGAGAGCAGGGCUUCCUCAAGGCCACUUGGCCAAACAGGCAGGGCCAGGAAGUGACUGCCCUGGCCCCUCAUGGGGCAGAGUCGUGUUGGCAUUAGGAGGCCUGCAGGGCUGAGGGAGCUUCCUGAGGGCCUGAAGCCCCAGGCCCAAACCUCCCUCGCUGGGAGCAAGGUCACCCUGUGGCCUCCGGCCUGAGGAACGGUUUUUUGUUCCAUCUGUGGCCUCCUGUUGUCGCCCAGUGAAUGAUGGGAGCACGCUGUGAUGUGUGGGCUGGGGGCAUGUGGGGGCAGGCGUCCAUUGGCCCUCAGUUCCUGGAGCUCAUUCAGCGUCUGCUCGAGGCUCCCCAGGGAAGGCAGCCCCAGAAGGUCUGGCUGCAGUAGUGGGUGGGAAGCUCAGGGUAGUCUCUUCAGCCCUUCCCUUCAGGACGCAUCAGCGUAGUUGAGGGCCUGGCCACUUGGGCUGUUUCUAAAUGGAACAAACAGCAUCCAUGUGUGUCAACCUCAACAGAGCCCAAAAAUAUGCCAUUGAAUGAAACAACACGUUGCAGGAUGAUGGGCGCAGCCCAACCUCACUUAUGUAGACAAUGUCCCCCCAAUUUAUAAAUUUUCUAUGCCUCAGAAUGUGUCUGUAACAACAUGUUUAAAAGGUGGAAAGGAUACACAUCCCCUGAAGAAGAAUGACCUCAACUGGAGUUGCAUUUGACAUCUCAUCUGAUGUCAGAAUGAGGGUGCUGGUCACUGGGGACUUGAGUAAGGUACUUUCAAAAGCACAAUAGAUCAAGAUACAGGUACACACAUAGCUACAGAUAAAGAUCCAGCCAUAGAUCCAGAUUAGAUAUGGAUGCAUAUAGAAGCCUAGAAAAGCCAAUAUGGAAAACUCUGGCAGUGUUUGAGUGGCAAGCAUAUUGGUGACUGUAAUUAGUUUUUGCAGUUUUCUAUGUUUUUUAGUUUCCCAAAAUACAAAAAAUACCCACAACAGUUACCAGAGAAAAUGCUGGAUGCCACAAGAAGGAAGAACCUCAAGGGGCAGGAGGCAAAGUUGUCUUCUUGGAGAAGGGGGUAUUAGAAAUAACCCAGGCCUCCUGGAAAAUGACCCAAAUAGAGCCUGGCUCUGCUAGCCCCAGGCCCUUCCCCACCCCCAGGGCACCCUUUCUGUCCCAGUAGAGAAGGUGACCUGGAGUCAGGCCUUGUGUAUGCUCCAAGCGUUUGGAGCUUUACCGUGGGACGUGGGGAGCCACGGGUGUUGUUUGCUGGCGUUUCUGUGGCUGGGUCGUUCUGGCUGUGGAGCUGUGUUCAUGGGCAGUGGCUGAGAUGGAGGACCUGGGGCAGGUGUCUCAGUGACAGCGCAGUAUCCUCCAGCCUCUUCCAGGACCCCACACUGCUGGCUACCUGGCAAUACAGUCCAGUGGUUGCUGCUUCUCUAGGCCCCUGGUGCAUUCAGAAACCUCCUGAAGGCCAGUGGAGGGUAAUCCAGGAAUAGACCAUGUCCAUUUCACUUCACUAGCUGAGCAGGUUGGUUCUGCCCUUCUGAUCCUUGGUCCCUCAGGGCAGGACAGGCCUGCAGUGACCCCAUAAUCAUGCAGCCGUCAUGCUCCGUCAUCUGAAAUUCACAAGGAAGGCAAGGAUUCAAAGGAAGAUGUCUGAGAAGCUGAACUCCAGCUCAGCCACUUGUCAACUCCUUGACCUUGGACAAGUUACUUAAAUUAAGCCUUGACUUUUUUCAUCUGAAUAAAUAGAGAUAAAAAUACUUA